CCCCAAACAGUCCCUCCAGGCUAUCGCCUCGAUCAACGACACUGUUAUCUCUCUCAUUUUUUCCCUCCAUUUAAGAUUCUCGGAUUCUCUGCCAGAUUCUGGCAUGCGCUCCUGCUCAUCUUACCUUACUCCCUCUCACCUGUCAAGCCUCCUCUGUACCCUUCUCUGGUUCACUGCUUUACCGGAUUUAGACUCCUCCCUCCCUUGAGCCUCCCGUUUUGUCUCCUUGUCACUCUUCCUUCACGCGCCCCUAAACCCUCAAACUAAAACCUCUCUCGACUCUAAACCCUUCUGGGUUCUCUCUCUCUCUCUGUAUAAUCCAAUAUUCCUCGUUACCUCUUUCUCUGGUUCUGUUCUUUCUUUCUCUCUUGUUAAGUGCGAGACAUGAACCACAAAAAAGAGAAGCUCGUGGUGGAAGUGGUUGGAGCGCAUAACUUAAUGCCCAAAGAUGGCCAAGGCUCGUCCUCGCCAUUUGUGGAAGUGAUCUUUGAAAACCAGACGCGAAGGACCCAAGUGAAGUUUAAGGAUUUGAAUCCGAUAUGGAACGAAAAGCUCGUUUUCGAUGUAAAUGAUGUCGCUGAUCUUCCGUACAGGACUGUGGAAAUUAAUAUAUUUAACGAGAAGAAAUCCGGCAACAGUCGAAACUUUCUGGGUAAGGUUAGAGUGUCUGGCUCGAGUUUUGCUAGAGAGGGAGAAGAGAUUGUUCAGCUCUACACCCUUGAGAAAAGGAGCUUGUUUUCUCAUAUUCGUGGUGACAUCAGUCUCAAGCUCUAUCUUUCCACCAAGGAAGAGAGGAAAGAUGAAGGGAAUGCUUCUACCAGUUUUGUGAAGCAGAAGCAGAAGAAGGUCAAUCAAGUCUCGACGUCUUCGUCUAUGUCUUUGCAGCAGCAACAGAACCAGCAACAACAGCAGCAGUUGAUGCAGGAGAACCACAAACGGCCACAACCACCUCAGCAUGGAAAACCGAUAGAGCUGACAAACCCAGGUGAGAUUAAACCUGUUGUGAUCACCACUGGACCCCCCGGUCCAUCUAUCCUCGCUCCCACCGUUGGUGGUGGUGGUGGUGUCGGCGUUGGUGGUGGAUUGAUGGGUUUCCAUUAUAGUGGCUCGAACGAGUUUUCUCUAAAAGAAACUAGUCCUCAUUUGGGUGGUGGGUCGUCUAGUAAAGAUAAAACCAGUUCAACUUAUGAUCUUGUCGAGCAGAUGCAGUAUUUGUACGUUCGAGUUGUUAAAGCUCGCGACUUUUCGAUCUUUGGAGGUGGGGAAGUGGUGGCGGAGGUGAAGCUUGGCAACUACAGAGGUAUCACGAAGAGGGCUAGUUCCAGUAAUGCUGAAUGGAACCAGGUUUUUGCUUUCUCGAAGGACUGUAUACAGUCAUCCAUGGUGGAGAUUUUUGUGAAGGAGAAGGAAAAAGAUGACUUCUUGGGCCGUAUCUGGUUCGACUUGAGCGAGGUGCCGAAACGGGUUCCGCCAGACAGUCAGUUGGCUCCACAGUGGUACCGAAUGGAGGACAAGAAAGGGGAGAAGGCCAAGGCUGGAGAGGUGAUGGUUUCUGUCUGGUUCGGCACUCAGGCCGAUGAAGCAUUUGCAGAGGCGUGGCAUUCAAAGGCGGCAAAUGUCCAUUUCGACGGUCUCUGUUCUAUCAAGUCGAAGGUCUAUCUGUCUCCAAAGCUGUGGUAUCUUCGAGUGACUAUCAUUGAAGCACAGGACAUUGUGCCCGGCGAGAAAGGGUCGGCAAUGGCAAGGUAUCCAGAGCUUUCGGCAAAGGCCCAGGUAGGAAACCAGGUACUGAGAACCAGGACUGCUCCGGCUUCGCCGAAUCGAAGCCUUUCGAACCCGUUCUGGAACGAGGACAUGAUAUUCGUCGUCCCCGAGCCCCUGGAAGAUUAUCUGAUGGUGUGUGUGGAGGAUCGAAUAGGGCCAGGAAGAGACGAGGUCCUGGGUCGGGUACUGAUUCCGGUGAUGGCAAUAGAACGGAGGACCGAUGAUAAGCCGGUGGUUUCCAAGUGGUUCAGCCUCGACAUGCAUUACAACUUCACCGAGUCCAAGGUGGUUUCGAGGUUUGGUUCACGGAUUCAUCUCCGGGUCUCACUUGACGGGGGAUAUCACGUCCUGGAUGAAUCGACGAUGUACAGCAGCGAUGUCCGGCCGACAGCGAAGCAGCUGUGGAAGCCCCACAUUGGGGUGCUGGAGAUGGGCAUACUGGGAGCAAGUGGGCUCAUGCCGAUGAAGCUCAAAGAGGGAAAAGGCAGCUCUACGGAUGCAUACUGUGUAGCCAAGUAUGGGCAGAAAUGGGUCCGCACGCGUACUGUCGUGGACAGCUUGGCGCCAAAGUGGAACGAGCAGUAUACGUGGGAAGUGUUCGACCCUUGCACUGUGAUCACUGUUGGAGUGUUCGACAAUUGUCACCUGGACAAAACCAGCGUCACAGUGGGCGCCGGGGUUCGUGAUUCUCGGAUUGGCAAGGUCAGAAUCCGGCUGUCCACGUUGGAGUCCGACCGAGUCUACACUCAUGCAUACCCACUGCUGAUGCUGCACACCUCGGGCGUCAAGAAAAUGGGGGAGCUUCACUUGGCUGUUCGAUUUUCAUGCGCCAACAUGGCUAAUGUCCUGCACAUGUACAUGUCCCCACUGCUGCCCAAGAUGCACUACGUGCGGCCAUUGUCAGUCAACCAACUGGAGAGCCUGAGGUACCAGGCAAUGAAUGUGGUCGCUGCCAGGUUGAGUCGGGCAGAGCCACCGCUGGGGAGAGAGGUGGUUGAGUACAUGCUGGACCAUGACUCGCACAUGUGGAGCAUGAGACGAAGCAAGGCUAACUUCUUCCGACUGGUAUCUGUACUGGGGAUACUUAUCGCCAUGGGACGAUGGGUGGAAUCCAUCCGAAGUUGGCAAAAGCCUGUAUACUCGGUCCUCUUCCUGGCGUUCUUUCUUGUGCUUGUCUCCUUUCCCGAGCUGAUCCUCCCAACCAUACUGCUCUGUCUUUCUUUCACGGGUCUUUGGCGGUAUCGCUCACGGCCGCGUCACCCUCCCCACAUGGACACUAGACUCUCGUACGCAGAGACAGCGUUUGCCGAUGAACUGGAUGAGGAGUUCGACACAUUUCCAACAACCCGGAGCGCUGAGCUCGUACGAAUGAGGUAUGACCGGCUGAGGAGUGUGGCUGGGAGGAUACAAACAGUUGUGGGUGAUUUGGCAACUCAAGGCGAACGCUUCCAAGCAUUGCUUAGUUGGAGAGAUCCACGGGCCACUUUCCUGUUCGUGGUGCUUUGUUUGAUUGCUGCCGUCGGUUUCUACGCCGUGCCGUUUCGUGUGGUGGUGGCCUUGUGGGGGUUGUAUGCCUUGAGGCCACCCAGGUUCAGGAGCAAGCUGCCCUCUCCGGCUCUGAGCUUCUUCAGAAGGCUGCCUUCUAAAGCUGAUAGUUUAUUGUAGAAAAAAAAAAGAUAGAGAAAUGCAUGGUUUUGUUUUUGGGGUUGUUUGUUGGAUUAAGGCUUUUUGGUUUUUGUAAUUAUUAUAUGGGGUUUUUUUAGAACUUAUUGGAAGCCUCAUCAUGUACUCACUCAUGUGGUGGUGGCAUAUGGCCAUAUGCCCUCUUUGUUUAGAUAAUUGGAUGUAGACCCUGUCCUCUCCUCUUGGUGGUGGUGACUGUUGAAGGGGGAGGGGGGGACAAUUUUGUAAUUUGGAUUUGGAAUGAACAGAUGUCUUAUCUUUUGUAUAA